AUGUCGAAGUUGGUGACGGAGGAGGAUGUGAAGGAGGUUAGGAUGCAGGUCAGGAAAGUCAAGGAUGAGAAUGGCAGUUUGAAGAGCGAGAUUGGCAAUGUCAAAGAUCAGAACAACAACAACAACAACAACAACGCGGCGACCACCCAGAGCGAGAAGUGCAAGAUGACAAACCUGGAGAACCAAGUGAAGGAUUUAAAGGCGAAGCAGUCGACCACGCGCGGAGCUGUUCUCGAACUCGAGGAGCGGGUCUCGAAGGUGGAGCCCCAGGUGACAGGCCAUGAGAGCAGACUGGCCACCAUGGGCAGCAAGCUUGAUUCUCAGGUGCCAUUCAUCCACGGUCACCUUGCACACAUUCGUGCUGCUCAGCCUAUUUUCUUGGCUCCGUUCGUAUGGACAGCGGCAGACUAG